ACUUAACUCCUGACACUCUUAGGGGACUGCCUGAAGACAGAUGUAGCUAUGGGUGUGCCCAGUUUCUGAUAACUUCCUUAGCGAUCAUUUCCAGGGCCACUUCAUGAUGUCAACGCUAGAAUCACUGUAUUCCCAUACCAGCUUGUCUGAUUUUUCCACUAGGAGAGUAAAAACAAAUUGUUAAGGGGUGGGAGAGAGCUUUCAUUUUCAUGUCUGGGUUUGGUAGCUGAAGCAAUCAAUGUUCUGUCUUUGAAACGGUGUACACUGGCACACAACCCCUGGAUCCUUCAGAGAAUAUGCCGUGAGGUGUUGCCAAUUAUUAGUUCUCUCGGCUAGCAGAUGUUUAGGGACUGGUUAAGCCUUUGGAGAAAUUACCUUAGGAAAACGGGGAAAUAAAAGCAAAGAUUACCAUGAAUUGCAAGAUUACCUAGCAAUUGCAAGGUAGGAGGAGAGAGGUGGAGGGCGGAGUAGACAGGAGGGAGGGAGAAAGUGAGAGGAAGCUAGGCUGGUGGAAGUAACCCUGCACUUGGAACAGCAGCAAGAAGCGCGAUUUUCCAGCUUUAAAUGCCUGCCCGCGUUCUGCUUGCCUACCCGGGAACGGAGAUGUUGACCCAGGGCGAGUCUGAAGGGCUCCAGACCUUGGGGAUAGUAGUGGUCCUGUGCUCCUCUCUGAAACUACUGCACUACCUCGGGCUGAUUGACUUGUCGGAUGACAAGAUCGAGGAUGAUCUGGAGAUGACCAUGGUUUGCCAUCGGCCUGAGGGACUGGAGCAGCUUGAGGCACAGACGAACUUCACCAAGAGAGAACUGCAAGUCCUUUACCGGGGAUUCAAAAAUGAGUGCCCCAGUGGUGUGGUCAAUGAGGAGACAUUCAAGCAGAUCUACGCUCAGUUUUUCCCUCAUGGAGAUGCCAGCACAUACGCACAUUACCUCUUCAAUGCCUUCGACACCACCCAGACAGGCUCUGUAAAGUUCGAGGACUUUGUGACUGCUCUGUCGAUUUUACUGAGAGGAACGGUCCAUGAAAAACUGAGGUGGACAUUUAAUUUGUAUGACAUCAAUAAAGACGGCUACAUAAACAAAGAGGAGAUGAUGGACAUAGUGAAAGCCAUCUAUGACAUGAUGGGGAAGUACACCUAUCCUGUGCUCAAAGAGGACACUCCCAGGCAGCACGUGGACGUCUUCUUCCAGAAAAUGGAUAAAAAUAAAGACGGCAUUGUAACAUUAGACGAAUUUCUCGAAUCCUGUCAGGAGGAUGACAACAUCAUGAGGUCUCUACAGCUGUUCCAAAAUGUCAUGUAACUGAGGACACUGGCCAUCCUGCUCUCAGAGACACUGACAAACACCUCAAUGCCCCGAUCUGCCCUUGUUCCAGUUUUACACAUCAACUCUCGGGACAGAAAUACCUUUUACACUUUGGAAGAAUUCUCUGCUGAAGACUUUCUACAAAACCUGGCACCGAGUGGCUCAGUCUCUGAUUGCCAACGCUUCCUCCUUCCUCCUCUCGAGAGGGACGAGCUGAAAUCCGAAGUUUGUUUUGGAAGCAUGCCCAUCUCUCCAUGCUGCUACUGCCCUGUGGAAGGCCCCUCUGCUUGAGCUUAAACAGUAGUGCACAGUUUUCUGCGUAUACAGAUCCCCAACUCACUGCCUCCAAGUCAGGCAGACCCUGAUCAAUCUGAACCAAACGUGCACCAUCCUCCGAUGGCCUCCCAAGCCAAUGUGCCUGCUUCUCUUCCUCUGGUGGGAAGAAAGAACGCUCUACAGAGCACUUAGAGCUUACCGUGAAAAUAUUGGGAGAGGCAGCACCUAACACAUGUAGAAUAGGACUGAAUUAUUAAGCAUGGUGGUAUCAGAUGAUGCAAACUGCCCAUGUCAUUUUUUUUCCAGAGGUAGGGACUAAUAAUUCUCCCACACUAGCACCUAUGGUCAUAGAGCAAGUCUUUUAACACAUCCAGGAGGGAAACCGCUGCCCAGUGGUCUAUCCCUCCUGUCCAUCCCCUGCUCAAGCCCAGCACUGCAUGUCUCUCCCGGAAGGUCCAGAAUGCCUGUGAAAUGCUGUAACUUUUAUACCCUGUUAUAAUCAAUAAACAGAACUAUUUCGUACACA